CAAACAACACAACUGGUACAAGGGAAAAAAAAAAAGAAAAAAACAAUAUAACUGGUACUCAUCAAUCAUCAUCAAAAGCAAACAAAAGACAGCACUGAAAAACCUUCCCAUGGCGUCAAAACGGAAACCCAUUAUUUUCUUUCUUCUGACGGCACUAUUAUUGACAGUCCCAGGUCAAUCCACAGCCCAAUCCUUCACAUCCGUAGUCAUCUCCCAAAAGGGUCUCCAUUUCGUCAAGGACUUGUUGGUGACCAAGGCCAUUUCUUCCAUAAUCCCCCUCGAACUUCCCCAGAUUCAGAAAUCCGUCAAAAUCCCAUUUUUGGGAAGUGUUCGUAUGGUGCUUUCGAACAUCACAAUACAAGGAAUCGAUGUGGGUUCGUCGUUUGUGAAGCCUGGUGAUACGGGGAUAGUGAUUGUAGCUUCGGAGACGACCUGUAAUUUGAGCAUGAAUUGGCACUAUUCUUAUAAUACUUGGCUUUUUCCUGUCUCGGUUUCAGAUAAAGGAAGUGCCUCUAUUUCGGUUGAAGGCAUGGAAGUUGGCCUUACAUUAGGUUUGGAGGUCCAAGAAGGGACGCUGAAAUUGUCACUUCUGGACUGUGGUUGUUUGGUCAAAAGAAUUUUCAUAAAAUUGGAUGGAGGAGCAUCUUGGCUUUAUCAAGGGAUGAUUGAUGCCUUUGAAGAAGAAAUAGUGUCUGCUGUGGAGAAUGCUAUUGUGAACAAGCUCAAAGAAGGGAUUUUAAAGCUUGAUUUAUAUCUGCAAUCUCUUCCAAAGGAAAUUCCAGUGGAUGACAAUGCUUCUCUGAAUGUCACUUUUGCAAACGAGCCUUUACUGUGUAAUUCCUCCAUUGGAUUUGAAAUCAAUGGUUUAUUUACUCCGAGAAAAAGGGUUCAAGUCCCUAAAUACGGUGAGACGGAUUCGGAAUCUUUGGUUUCCUGCUUGGAUUCAUCGAAAAUGCUUGAAAUUUCAUUGCACGAGGCUGUCUUUAAUUCAGCAUCAGCCUUAUACUAUAACGCAGACUUUAUGCAAUGGGUUGUGGACAAAAUACCAGAUCAAUCCCUUUUAAACACUGCUGGAUGGAGAUUUUUUAUUCCCCAAUUAUACAGGAAAUACCCGAAUGAUGAUAUGAACUUAAAUAUUUCUUUAUCUUCAGCUCCAGCCAUAGUGAUCUCAGAGCACGGUUUUGAUGCUACUGUCUUUGCAGACCUGAUAAUUGAUGUUUUGGAAGCAGGUCAAACAAUACCAGUUGCAUGCAUAUCAUUGGUUAUUCGCGGCACUGGUUUAGCAAAAAUCUCAGGGAAUAACCUUACUGGGAUUGCAGAAUUGAAUGACUUCACAAUGUCAUUGAAAUGGAGUAAUAUCGGUAAAUUACGCUUACACCUAAUUCAGCCUUUUAUUUGGAUUCUUCUUCAAACUGUUUUCUUGCCGUAUGCGAAUGCAAUCCUCGGAACAGGAUUCCCUUUACCGAUCAUUCACGGUUUCGCUCUACAAAAUGCUGAACUAAUCUGUUCAAACUCAAGAAUUACAGUCUGUGGUGAUGUACAGUAUACAUAAUGGAGCAAUCUUAGCCGGCUUUUGACUCCCCUCUGUAUGUAUACACACGAUAUAUUGCCACUUCGGAAUGCCUAUGGGAUUGAAGUAGCAAAAGGUCAUCUUUCCCUUUUUGUACAGUGUUAUUUUUGUAUUUAGGGAACAGUACAUAAUUCAUUCCUCUAGUUUCUAGUUCUGUAAAAAUGGGAAAAAUACAAGGGCGAAUUAUGUAACUUUCCCUUGUAUGUAUUAUUAACCCACUGGCUUGGCUUGUGCAAACUGUGAAUGUAUUCUUUGAAAGCUGGAAUAAGGCCAGUCAAAAUGUGAUUGAUUCUUCUCAAGUAUAUCUAUACAGUUUAUAAAUUAGAACGUCAACUAAUAAUGUGCAGAUAAGAAAGCUGUAAGA